AUGGGCAUUCGAAAGUUUAUACCAUGGCCAGCCAUAGCCCUUACGGCAGCGCAGGUCAUGACCACCUAUGAUCAUGAAGCGAUUGAUUAUUCGACCUAUGUCUCUCCUUUUGUUGGCACGACUGGGGGUGGAAACAUGUUUCCAGGUGUUUCUUCAGGUCCAUUCGCUGUAGUUAAACUGGGACCAGAUGUCUCAUCUGGCACAACGGACGCAUACUCUGGUUACUUGCCUAGUGGUAAUAUCACAGGUUUUAGCAUGCUCCAUGAGUCGGGCACAGGGGGUGCUCCCAAGUAUGGAGUGGUAUCGCAAAUGCCAGUCGCUGGUCGGAUUAUGGAUCCCUUGGCCGACUUCUCAAUGGGCCGUAGAAGCGAGGACCUUGCUGAAGUAGGGUACUACAAAUCUUCUCUCGCAAAUGGUGUUACUGUUGAGCUUGCGGCUACAAAUCAUGCUGGGGUGUAUCAGUAUACCUUCCCGUCCGAGCAGACAAACUCGAUUUACGUAGACAUCACACAUGUACUGCCAUCGUUCAGGGGCUUCGGGUGGGGCCAGGAAUACAGAGGUAGGAACAUUGCAGUUACGACCGAUGGACGGUACACAGGCGAGGGCUCGUACAACAAGGGCUGGAAUUUGUCUCCUGACUGGACGAUCUACUUUUGUGGAAAAUUUAGUGAAAAGCCACAGAGUGCUCGCGUGUUCAAAGGGUCCAACAUUACCGAGGCACGCAUGGCAGAUACAAGCAGUGUGAAUACUCGCGUUGCAGAAAAAAUUGGAGGAAUUUUCGAAUUUGACAGCUCGACAGUGACCUCGUAUGUGGGUGUCUCAUGGAUUUCGACCGACAGAGCGUGCGAGUAUAUGGAGCAGGAGCUCUCAGGACCACCAAAGUUUGAAGACGUUGUGCAGACUGCCAAAGACCGCUGGAACAAUGAGGUCUUCUCCAAGAUCACCACCAGCAGUACCAACGACAACGACCUGAAGCUUUUGUAUACAGCACUGUAUGGAAUGCACCUCAUACCCUCUAAUCGGACAGGAGAGAACCCACUUUGGACAUCUAAUGAGCCCUACUAUGAUGAUAUCUUUACCUUCUGGGAUCUCUUCCGUUGCUCCACAGCCUUGACACACGUCCUGCAGCCUGAAGCUUACGAAGAGCAGAUUCGCUCCAUCAUCGAUAUAUGGCGACAUGACGGCUUCAUGCCGGACGGGAGGUCUUCAAACUUCAACGGACGUACGCAAGGUGGAUCCAACGCAGACAAUGUAUUGGCUGAUGCAUACGUCAAGGGUGUCCAAGGCAGCAUCAAUUGGGAGGACGGGUAUUCGGCCAUAAAGGAAGACGCAGAGACUCAGCCUCCAAACAAUAACGACCCUAUCGCCCCUGAGGCUUCUACAAAAGAGGGAAGAGGUGCUUUACCGGACUGGCUCAAGUACGGCUACAUUACCCCUAGUUUCACCAGAGCUGUGUCUCGAUCAGUCGAAUACUCUGUGAACGACUUCAGUCUCUAUCAAGUCGCGACUGGUCUAGGCAAGACUGCCGACGCGCAAAAAUAUCUGGACAGGUCGCGCAAUUGGCGCAACCACUGGAAUCCUGAUGCAUCGAGCAAUGGACACAGCGGCUUCAUGGUCCCUCGCAAAGCAGACGGCUCCUUUGUCGAUCAAGACCCCCUUUCCUGCGGAGGCUGCUACUGGGGCGACGCCUACUACCAAGGCUUGCCGUGGGAAUACUCCAUGAACGCACACCACGACUUCGCACACACCACCGAGCUCGUCGGCGGCACACUCCGCAUGGUCGAUCGGCUCGAGAAGAUGUUCGAAGAAGGCUUGUCCUCGAGAGCCGGGAAGCUGUCCGGAACAAUCUUCAACCCGGCGAACGAGCCGUCAUUCACGACGCCGUACCUGUACAACUUUGUCGGUAGACAGGAUUUGGCGGUCCAACGAUCGCGCUACGUCGCGAAGACGUUCUACACCACAGCCACGAACGGCAUUCCCGGGAACAGCGACGCCGGCGCCAUGCAGACCUGGCUGUUGUGGAAUAUGAUUGGCCUAUAUCCACUCACCGGCCAAACGACGUUCCUGAUCGGAAGUCCCUGGUUCGAGAGUAUGAGCAUUAAUCUUGGCAACGGAAGGGCGCUGAAGAUCACCUCGAGUGGAGGGAAUAGUGAUACGGCCUACUAUGUCCAGAGCCUGCGCGUGAACGGGGAGAACUGGACCAAGAAUUGGCUUACGUGGAGCGAUGUAUUUGAGAAUGGCGGCACGAUGGAGUUUGUGCUGGGAACGCAGGCAAAGAAAUGGGAUACGGGCGAUCCGCCGCCAAGUCCAGCGUCGGACAAGUGA